CGCUGAGGACAAACUUGCAAGAAGCGGAGCAUGCAGAAAAAGCUCCGCCAAACAACAGUGCAGCUGCUCCGCGGCUUGUGAGGCUACACACGGCAGCGCGGAGCUUGUUGCGGAUUACACCAUGAUUGCCACAACUCAACAAAACAUGACCACGGAUCUGGACCUGGGGAGUUCAGACGGUCCGCCGAGGAACUGGAAGGGCAUCGGGAUCGCCAUGGUGGUGAUCCUGGCCGUCAUGUCCCUGGUCAUCCUCUCCGUCGUCAUCCUCACGCCCGACGAGUCUCACUUGUUACUCCGCUCCCAUGUGACCAUGGAGGAUCUGGAGAGUGAAGAGUUUAAAGUUCACGAUCCCUGUGCGGUGUGGUUGAACGAGAACGAAGUGGCGCUGCGCACCAGAGAGGGACAUAUCCUGACAUUCACCCUCAGCAACAACCUAACCACAACACUGCUGGACAACAGCUCUCUGGACCUGACCUCAUCUAAAUUCCAGGUGUCUGCAGACAAGAGGUUUGUCCUCUUGGCGUAUAACAUUCGACCGGUGUUUUCUCAGUCCUUCACAGCCUCCUAUGCUAUCUACGGUGUGGCUAAUGGGGAUCUGCUGGAGCUCAGCCCUCCCGACAGGGAGACGACAGAGUUGCAGUACGCUUCUUGGGGACCCCAGGGUAAUCAGCUGGCCUUUGUGUUUGACGGAGACAUCUACUACAAGGCCAGCGUGCUGAGCGACUCGCUGCGUCUCACGUCCACCGACGAGGACCAGAAGGUGCUGAACGGACUCUCCGACUGGACCUACGAAGAGGAGGUGCUUCUGACAUAUGUUGCCCACUGGUGGUCUAUGGACGGUGCCCGGCUUGCAUAUCUCCGCAUCAACAACUCCGUGACACCUGUAAUGGAAAUACCUCACUUCCUGGGAGGCCUCUACCCUUCCAAUAUGAUUUUUCCGUACCCAAAGGCCGGUUCCAGUAUCCCAUCAGUCAGUCUGUUUGUAGUGAACCUUUACGGUCCAGCUCACACUCUGGAGAUGCUGCCUCCCGACUCCCUGAGGUCCAGGGAAAACUACAUCUCCAUGGUGAGCUGGAUCAGCAGCACCCGGCUCGCGGUUCGCUGGCUGAACCGUGCCCAGAACCAAUCAGUGCUCUGCGUGUGCGAGGCCACCACGGGGGCAUGCUCAGAGAAACAUAAAAUGGCCAUGGACAUGAUGCAGAACCAGCGACAGGACUUGCCUUUGUUUACGUCAGAUGGCUCAGUGUUUUAUACGAUACUUCCAGCAAAGCAAGGCGCUCGUGGAGAGUUUCACCACAUUGCUGGUCUGACAGUUCAGCCUGCCAUCCCCUCCGUCCCCCCUCGCUUCUUGACAUCGGGGAGCUGGGAUGUCACUUUGCUCUGCGCCUUAGACGAGAAGGCUGGAAAGAUCUACUUUCUGAGCACAGAAGAAUCGAGAGAGAGCAGACACCUUUACAGUGUGGAUUUGAAUGGAGCGUUUCAGCGUCAUUGCAUCUCCUGUGGCCUCAUUGACGGAUGUGGAUUCUUCAGAGCCGUUUUCAGCCCAAAUCGAACCCACUUCGUCCUCUACUGCCUGGGCCCAGGAAUCCCUAAAGUGACGGUUCACAGUCUGAAGGACCCCUCCAGUUAUGUCAUCUUGGAGGAUAACAACCUGCUGUCUGCAGCUCUGGAGGACAAGAGGCUCCCUGAGAGUCUGUUCAGGACAGUCCAAGCAGACAACCAUGAUCUGCACCUGAAGCUGACUCUGCCUCAGGGGUACGAGGCCAACCUGCUCCCGCUCCUCAUUAUUGUCGACGGCACGCCCGGCAGCCAGACUGUGACGGAGGAGUUUUCCCUGGGCUGGCCUCAGGUCCUCUGCAGCACGCACGGCGUGGCUUUGGCCUGGGUGGACGGCCGCAGCGGCGUCGGCCGUGGGCAGAAGACCGUCGCCGUCGACCCCCGGAAACUCGGCUCACUGAGAGUCAAAGACUACCUUGGAGUUGUAGAGUUGUUAAUGCAGCUUCCUUACGUUGACAAUCGGAGGAUAGCCCUAUUUGGAAAGGCACUUGGAGGUUAUUUAGCGCUCAAAAUGUUAGCUGCAACCGACAACCUCUUUCAAUGCGCUGCAGCUGUAGCACCAAUAACGGAUUUCAGGCUUUACAGUGCAGCUUUUUCUGAAAGGUAUCUUGGGUUUCCAGCAAAGGAGGACCAUGCUUAUACGACUGCGUCUGUCCUUGAAGAAGUCAACAAACUAAAAGAGGAGAACUUCCUCAUUGUGCACGGAACUGCAGAUGCGAGGGUCCACUUUCAGCACAGUGCUGAGCUACUAAGCCGCCUGGUGAAGGUGGAGGCCAACUACUCCCUGCAGCUGUACCCAGAUGAGAGCCACAUCCUGAGAGAGCCCCGCAGUGUCAGACAUUUCCAGCGGACUCUGGUGAACUACCUCCAAAACUGCCUGAAACACAGCGCCCUCCUGGAUUCCCCAGAGGAAGAAGAAGAGGAAGAUGACUGAGCCCAGAGGCCUUCGUCUCUUCCUCCGGAAGGACUCAUGAUGAGGACUGGAUGCACCGGUUAUGCAUUUCAUUGGGUCAGGUCACCAGGAAUUAGAGCAGAGGAGUGGGGACCAAAAGCAUCAGAUCACCUCCUGUAACUUCUGGAAAAAUUGUUGUACUGUACGACAUGAUGUUGCGCACAAUUAGUUCAGCCAUUUUGUUGUAUGUUUUGAGGAAGAGAGUUUACAAAAUUCACCUGAGACGAUGUGGAUGAGACUGCCACUGACUCAAAACGUUUACAAAGAUUAUAAAGCAUGCAUGUCAUAACGGCUGCAUGAUGCUGAUUAUUGUAUUUUGAGCCUUUUUGUUUUUCAAAGAUUUUUGUUUUUGUUUUCAAAAUUUAGAGAUGGGGUCUCUAUGUAGGUCAGGUUUUGAGAUCUGCUGUGCUUCAACUUUUAGAUGCACUCUUGCUUCGUCAAUCCUCAAUCAAAUGGUUAAAGGGGACCUUUUAUGCAAAAUUCACAUUUUGGACUUUUUUCUGGGUCUCUACUGCUUCUAAAACAGCUAAAAAAAACAUCCAAACGUAAUCCUGCAAUAAGCUAACAUUUUAUGGUAUUUGAAAAACAAGAGCUGUGUCCGAAUUCAGGGUCUGCAUCCUUCGAAGGACGGAGUUGUAGGCCGAUUACGUCAUAGCGUGGCGACAAGGCCUGUCCGAAUUCGAAGACUCCUUCACAUGCGGCCUUCUUCUCCCCAGAUUUGAAGGAUGGAUCCGGUGUAUCCUUCACGGCCCACCAUAUCCCAUAAUUCAUUGCGGGUCCCAACCGGGCGUCCAGGCAGAGCGUUAAUGGCGGUGAAGCGCGGCAAAUUAUUUUGUUAAAUUACACUUUAAAUGACACAACGUGAUUUUGUAAAACGUUUUUAGGCGGCAAUGUAAGUGUGUAAGUCUCAAAUAUCUGCUCGGUUCACCAAAACAUAACCUGCUCUGACAUUUUCGGACAUGUCUGCUCCCGCUGCGUUAACAGCCAGCUCCCCUCGCCAGCUGCCAGCUGGCCGGGAGCUUCAGGUUCGGUGUACCGGAGGAGAACGCCUGACUCCCGGCACAUUGUUAUAAAAACUCCCACUAGCUUUCCCCAAUCAAACUAACAGAUUUCUUUUUUUACUAUGGAACAGCCCUUACUAUAAAAGGUGAAGAAUAAUACAGAAAUAAGGAGUAAUACAUAACUAAAAAACAAACUUCAGCUCCGUUGUUUUUUUCUUCGCCGCUCUCUGCUUCACGUUGUUGCGGUUGCUAGGCAACAUGAGUUACACUGAGGUGGGGGCGGGGACCUGUCUGAAUUCACAGCUUUUCUCUUCCGGUCUUAAUUUAUUUUACGGCCGUGGAAGGACCCGGUCUACGUAGACCGAUCCUUCGAAGGAUACAGACCUUGAAUUCGGACACAGCUAAGGUGUUUCAAAAAUCUUAAGAUUAUGACAUCACAGUUGAUGGGCACUGACCUGUUACUUAGCAACGAAAGGUGAUCUCCACCCACUUUGUUAUUAGACAAUGAAAACCUUUGGUCAGCUGGUUUUACUCCUGUAUACUCUGUGCAAUGGCUGCUGGAAAAGACAAGAGUUUUAUUGUUAAAGAUUGCAUAUUUGUUUGUUGCCAUUUUCACUUGUAUAAAGUCCAAGUCUAAUUAUUUGGGGCGUGGCCAGCAGCAGUUAAUUUGCAUAAAAGUGACAGAGCCAUAAAAUGGCACAUUUUGCAAGGAGCUCAAAAUGGGCAGAACUGAGCAGGUGAAAUCUCACUAUCUCAGAAUAAUUUUGUGCAAAAAAUGUUCUUUACAUUUUUUGCACAAAUGAGCUAUCUUACUUUGAAAGGAAGCAGAAUAAGUCCCUUUUAAAUUACCUCCUGGCUGUGGAAUCAAGUUCUGCAGAGGCCCAGUCGUGAGUCUCAGUACUGGAACUCAUAUGCAUCUAAAAGUUGCCAGUCAAUAACUCUUGAAGAGUUGGCUUAGAGUGUGCCAAACCUGCUGAGUGAGUGCUGUUGAAGGUAGAAACUGACUGCAUCAAAGAAACAUCCUAACACAAAACUAAAUAUUUGGGAUGGUAACUAGAUAAAUGAAUGUAAAUCCAAAACUUUAGAAAAAGCGUAAUUGGUACUUAGGUGCUAGCCUGCUGAUAGUCAGGAAGGACACUGGUCUGUUCAUAACCUGCAUGAUCUCAGAUUACAGUCAGAGUGAUGGUUGCAUCCCUAUGGAUUAGAUUGUCAUCAAAAAGUAAAGAAUGUCAGAAUAUUUCAGUGAUUCAAUUCUAAAAGUGAAACUCUCACAGAUUUACUGCAGACUCUGGACUUCAUUAAACAUUGUGGACUAACACCAAUAGUUGCCAUGACUCACACCAGUCAUUCUUUUUCUAGAACAGUUUUUCCUUCCACUCAAUUUUCCAAUAAUAUGCUUGGAUACAACACUGUGAACAGCCACCUUGUUUAGCAUUGGCCUUUGGUGACUUACACUCCUUGAGGAGGAAGUUAAUAAAAAUCUACUGGACAUCUGUCAAGUUUUCUGUGUUACAUGUGAUUAUAUAAACAAUGACAUAAUUUUUUACAUAAAUUCAUGUUUUAAAAUCCAUUUUUUUACUGGUCUCAUGUUAUAGUUUUGAGGUUUGCAUUAGCUGUAAACCACAAUUAUCUAAAUAAACAGAGAUAAGAUGUUGAAAUAAAUCACUGUGUAUAAUGAA